AUGGCCCUGGUCCUUGCUGCCGAUGAUGACCUGGAGGCGUCUUCGGGAUCGAAACGAGCCCGGUCUUUGGUGGAGGUGGAUGAGACUGCCUUCGAUCUCUACCGGAUGCUGCAGAGCAGUCGAGGUACCCAGCUGCCCUGCUUUGAUCAGCACCUCCCGGCCAAUGCCUUGAGCUCGAGCCAAACCGUAGUUCUUCACGGCGAGCCCGGUGUCGGAAAGACGGUGCUGCUGCGCAACAUCCUUUGUUCCUAUGUUCUUCCUUCAGAUGCCGGUGGCCAUUGCCUUCCGGCCGUGUUCAUCGAUGCCGAUCAAUCCUUCGACGUCUCUUCGCUGGCAAGGCUACUUAAAGCCAAAGCCGAGCGGACGGGAGCUGGAGAGGAGGUGGUGGCGGAAAUCGUCGGCGAGUCCUUGAGCCGAGUAUUGAUCUUCCGGCCCAGGGAGCCCCUCGAACUCCUCAGCCAGCUGAGGGAGCUUCGUGGGAUCUUUGCUGAGAAUCCGACUGCCGGGCUUCUGGUGAUCGACUCCAUGUCUGCCUGGCAGUCAUUAACGGCGGCCUUCCCGAGAUCUGCUGGUACAGUUCUGAAAGAAUGCUGGCAUGCAGUUGCGCGCUUGCAAAGGGAGUCCUCUGUUGCAGCCAUACUGGCAUACCGUGAGUCUGCAGUGGAUGCAACUGGAAGCUUCCUGCACUUGGGUGUUGGGCGAUGCCCCAAGGUUCUGCAGACAGAAGCUGAUCUGCCCCAAACCGAGACCUACACUGCCAAAGAGAGGUUUGUGGUAUUUCCGUGGGGGCACGCAACAGGUCCCACCUCAGCCUCAGAUCAAUCCAUCUUCGUCUUGUCUGCCGCAGGGGAGGUCGGCACGAUCGCAUCCACCUGCUAA